CACCGACAUCACACGCACUCACCAUGAAACUGUUUGUGUGCACGUUGCUGCUGAUAGCGAGCUCGUCUGCUUCGCGGGAGAAGCGCGGCAUCUUCGGUGAGCCAGGCGGUCUGCUGGACGGGCUCAGUGGCCUGCUGUCAAAGGGCUCCCACUCUGGUUCGAGUCACUCGCACAACUCCCACAGAGCCCCACAUUACUCGCACCACUCACACGGGCCGCCCGCACACUCGCACCCAGUCGUGCUGCACGCCGCCCCCGUACACGCCGCACCGGUGCACAUAGAGCCCCUGCACACCGAACACGUACACCACUCAGCACCGCUGCUGAGCUCCCACUCCCUGCACUCCGCCCCAAUCCUAGAGUCACCACCUUUGCCUUCUGCUCCACUGUAUUCCUACGCUGAGCCGCUGCACUCCCACGCUAGCCUACAUUCAGCUCCACUGUCUAGCUCCUACGACCACUCCCCAGCGCUGCACUCUGCGCCCAUAAUUGAAGCUGAACCUAUACAUCUAGAGCAUGCAGCUCCCAUACAUUCUGCUCCCCUCAGUGUGAGCCACUCCGCUCCUCUCAGUUUAGGCCACUCUGCACCACUAAGCUUAAGUCACUCUGCUCCACUCAGUUCAAGUUAUUCUGCACCUCUCAGCCUAAGUCACUCAGCUCCCCUUAGCCUUAGCCACUCUGCCCCCCUUAGUUCAAGUUAUUCUGCACCUCUCAGUCUAAGUCACUCAGCUCCCCUUAGCCUUAGCCACUCUGCUCCCCUUAGUUCAAGUUAUUCUGCACCUCUCAGCCUAAGUCACUCAGCUCCCCUUAGCCUUAGCCACUCUGCCCCACUCAGUUCAAGUUACUCUGCACCUCUCAGUCUAAGCCACUCUGCCCCACUCAGUUCAAGUUACUCUGCUCCCCUUAGCUUGAGUCACUCUACUCCACUUAGUUCCAGCUACUCUGCUCCCAUCAGUGUGAGCCACUCCACCCCCCUCAGACUAAGCCACCCGUCGCCCAGUGGCUUAUGUGGCUCAGGAUGUAACUCUGGUUCUCACUACGCUAGUCAUGCAACUCCCAUACGUAUCAGUCACAUCGCUCCCUCUCACUCCUUGCACUCUUCCCCGCACUACUCCAGCCACUCAUCGCUUCACAACCACCACGGUUACCCCAGCCACCAUGACCACCAUGACCACCACGACCACCACGGCCACCACGCCUCGGCAGCACCUGUCAUCAUCAAAGUGAUCAAAGCACCUCCCCGGUACGCCUCCGGCUGGUGGUAGAGAACUUCUGCUGACACUAAAAUAAUGACACAAUAAAAUAAUGCGG